AAUCCCAUUAAUUAAGAAAUAUCAAAAUAAUGAUACAACUAAAAAAGAUUCAAAUUUAGCAAUCAUUAAAUCAUCCAUUAGUAAUUUAAACACUAUUGAAAAUUUAGCUAAUAAUAAUUACAAUUGUUGUAUUUGUUGGCAAAUAAAUGGUUGCAAUGAAAUUUGCAAAAAAUAUUUUCAAAAUUUUGGUAGAUGUCACGAUUGUGGGGAUUUGCAUAUAAGAGAAAAUAUAUGUAAAAAUUGUAAACACAUCGAAUUAAAUUAUAUAUUAAAAUAUCCUAGUAGUUAUAACGAUUUAGUUGAUGUAAUGAUUCAAGCAACUCAUUUAGAUGAAAGUGCAAAGGAAUGGGAAACUUGGAGAUGGAUUGACUAUAGUAAAUUUUCAAAUAUUGAAUAUUUAUCUGAAGGGGGGUCUGGAAGUGUUUGGAAAGCAGAAUGGAUAAAUAUGCCUGAAGAAAUAUUUGAAUUCUAUAAUACAAAUCAAGUUGUUUUGAAGAAACUUAAAAAUUUACAAGAAAUCAGUUAUGAAUUUUUUUCUGAG